AUGUCCCAACUCAACCACCAGGAUCCCGUCAUCCAGCAUUACGAGAUGCACCUCACGGUCAACAAGAAGAAACCAGACUGUACAAAGGUUUGUCUGUCUGGAAAAUACGGUUACAACUGUAACGUGUCCUGUGAGGAGAGAAAAUGUUCUGGAAACUCGACGUGUGACAGAAAUAAUGGAGAAUGUGUCAAUGGCUGCUUGAAAGGCUGGGAGUUACCAGACUGUAUCACAGAAUGUCGACACCAUACGUUUGGAUCUAGCUGCUUGUUCAGUUGUACUGAACGGCACUGUAAGGGAGACAAGUCAAGCUGUGAUGUCCAAGAUGGGGUUUGUCAAGAUGGCUGUCAGCCAGGCUGGACGAAUGCAAAUUGCACUGAGAAAUGUGACGAUAGUUCGUAUGGUCCUGGUUGUGUAUUUAAAUGUUACAGGAGACAUUGCCUGAAUAAAGCAGUCAGCUGUAAUCGUCUUGACGGAUCGUGUGGAGGAGAAUGUGAGAACAACUACAACGGAAUCGACUGUACAGCUGCCACUGGUCCCGAAAACAACAGGGAUUCUAUCACCAUCAUUGCUCUUGCCGUGGUCGCAGCUAUACUAUUUGUACUGCUUAUUGUCAGUGUUUUGUGGCACUUUAGAAGUCGGAAUUCUCAACGCAACAACGUCGCACGUCAAUUUAUUUCAUCCACGUCACCUGAUCGAACGGAAGCCGAGCCGAGUGGCGUUGACAGUGGGAGUGGCUAUGUUAAUGCAGGCCAAACCAAUGAAUAUGAACAGCUCGAUGUAUUGAACUCGCCACAGAAUGAUUAUGAUAAAAUAACAGGCGUUUAGAUACAUAUAAAUGACAUACGUUUUUGUUUUAUCCUGUUUUCUUUUGGGAUUGUUGUUGUAUUUGCCAAACAUUGGCCAAAUUGAUGAGAUUAGUAUUUGGCGAGCUCUUGACAACAAAAUAUUACUAUAAAAUAUUCAGAGGCUUAUUAGAUAUUAUAUGGUCAUGUAACAAAUAUAUGGCAAUUUUGUCUUACGUAGAAUCAAUAAGACUGCUGUUUUGGAAUCAGCAGCACUUUGUACAUAAAGUAUGCUUCUCAAACCUUAUUUACUUAAAAUUCUGAUUAAAGCCACAUACCUCUUAGUCUAUAUUUGAGUGCAUACAAUAUCAGCGUCUGUAUAUUAAAUAUGUUGCUGAU